AUGUCUGUUGCAAACCGUUUACGUCGCCUGCGUAAGCAGCCACCAGAAGGUUGGGAUUUGAUUGAACCAACACUUGAUGAAUUUGAGGCGAAAAUGCGAGAAGCUGAAACAGAUCCCCAUGAAGGUAAAAGAAAAACAGAAACUCUAUGGCCUAUAUUUAAGAUACAUCACCAGAGAUCACGUUAUAUCUAUGACUUAUACUACAAACGGCAAGUAAUAAGCAAGACCUUAUAUCAGUUCUGUCUAGAUACUAAAUUAGCUGAUGAAAAACUAAUAGCGAAGUGGAAAAAACAAGGAUAUGAGAAUUUGUGUUGUCUACGAUGUAUUCAAACAAAAGACACCAAUUUUGGUACCAAUUGCAUAUGUCGCGUACCUAAAAGUAAAUUAGAUGUGGGUCGUGUAGUAGAAUGUGUUCAUUGUGGAUGUCGGGGUUGCUCAGGGUGA